CUCUCCAACAUUCCUGCGGGCCAGCCUUCUUCUGCGCCUUUGUUCUAAGCCGUCCGAUUUGCAGUUUUCGGUCUGUGAGCAUAUGGACUCGCAUCCCGCCAUGCGCAGGCUUCUUCUCCCAGUCCGGUCGUUUGUGUUCCCGUUAACGCUAUUGUCACGAUGAAGUUCGGCCGCGCGUUCCAGGAGGCGCUGGCCGCGGACACCUAUCCACAGCACUGGGUGGAGAAGGCCGUCCCCUACCGUCAGCUUAAGAAACUCCUGGGCAAGGUCCGGGAGGAGCUCAUCAAGGCCGGCUACGACCCCGACACGCUGCACCGUCUCCUGGCCGACCACAACGCCGAGUACCGCCUGGAGACUGACGCGUCUCACUUGCUACGGCCGAAGCUGGUGGUGCGCCCAGCCCUUGGUGGCCCCUCGCCGGAGCCCGCGACAGAAGAACCCGGGAGUCAGGCGGAGCUGGCGUCUCUGGCAUCAGACGGCGACGAUGCUAACCUUCUCGGGUCCAGCCACGAACACGACGGCGCCGGCGAUCACGAUGACUGGGUUAAGAUCCCCUUGGCAUCAGACGCCAGGUUUUUCAGCCUCCUGCAGAGCGAUGUCACGGAGCUCGAUACGCUCCAGGACGAGGAGAGGCAUUCGAUGAUCAGCAAAAUCCACGACCUCGGGGCAGAGAUUGCCGAGGUGGCCAAGCCGCGCAAGGGGGUUAUCAAGCUGUCGAAGUCUGACCUCUACCGGUGGCGGGAGAUUUUCGAGCUCUACCUGGCUGCGCAGGUCUUCUUCUCUACGACCGAGGCCUCGGGAGGGCUACGCGACAGCGAGAAGGCUCGAAAGCAGCUAGUCUGGUUCCAGGACGAGGUCAACAAACGGCAGCUUCCGCGGAAGUUCAAGAUCGAGUCCAGCGCUGUAGCAUACUCGCACUUUCUGGCUCUAAACGCGACUCUGCUGCAGAAUUUGCAGUUUCAGGAGCUGAAUCAGACCGCAGUGGCCAAGAUCAUCAAGAAGUUCGACAAGCGGACGUCGCUGGGGGUCAAGACGACCUUCCCCAAGGCCAUGUAUUCGGCACACUUCAUUUCGGAGGCCAUCUCCAAGGACAUCUGCGCUCAGUUGGCUCGCGAGGUGGUCAACCGGGUUCCACAAGUCGUGGAUUACACGUGCUCGAUCUGCUUCUCCAUCUGCUGGCUGCCGGUCCGACUGGACUGUGACCAUCUCUUCUGCAUCCGAUGCAUGAUCAAGAUGCAAAACCAGAACAAGCGGUACUGCCCGCUGUGCCGGGCCGACGUGGUCCAGCGCGCGAAUGAGACCCACAUCGAUGAGAAGCUGGUGCGCUAUCUCGAGCAGUGGUUCCCCAAGGAGACCAAGGAGAAACAGGCCUACAACGAGAUCGAAAGGCGCAAAGAGCUGUUGGGGGAUGUAUAUGUAAGUGAGAAUCCACCUCACUGUCUCGUCAUGUGAGUUGCAUGGCAGCCAGCGGAGAGAGGCCACGCGGAGCGUUCGGCUUUUUUGCGCAGGUGCAUACACAGACAGACACACACGACGA